UUGUCUUGGCACAUCUAGGUCUUCUAAGACAAAGCAGGAGGAUGGUCAGGCAUCGGGAAAGGCUGUAAAGGAAUCGUCAAAACCAGCCGCCCCCGAGAAAACUGCGGUCUCUUCCAAGCCUGCCACAUCUCCGUCCAAGAAAACUGCAGCCGCAUCCAAACCCACAUCGGCUCAAUCUGAGAAAUCGUCAGCGCCAUCCAAGCCUGUCGCUACUGCACCGGUGGAAAUCCCACCCUUGUCCAAGCUAGUACCUGAUAAACCGCUAGUUGGUUACCUGGUCAAGCCGUCGUCCAUGUGGCUGGAGAUCAAUGGGGUUAGCGGCAGCAUAUCAUCUACAAAGAACGAUCCUCGCCUCGUAGAUGUCUAUCGGCGAGCUGCCAGGCAGAUUUAUGAGAUGGAGGUGGAAAAGUACAUGAAAGCCAAGUCGGCCGAUACCAGCGGUGAUGCAAAGUGGAUAAGAACCGUCAUGAAGACCGGUACCUUGUCGGAUCGUGUUGCCGCGCUAGCUCUGCAGAUUCAGGAAUCUCCCGUGCAUCAGCUUUCAACUCUAUCCAACCUGUUGAUGAUGGCCAACAAGAAAGUGAAGCGCGAGGCUCUGAUUGCUGUUGACACUUUGAAGGAGUUGUUCAUGGUCAAUCUUCUCCCGGAAAACCGCAAGUUGCGCUCUAUUGGAGAAAGACCGUUCGAUCAGCUGAGCGGGUCAGACAAAAAGCAGAUGUAUCGCCAGCUGCUGCUAUGGCACGUUGAGGACGAGGUGAAAAAGUCCUACGGCAGCAUGAUGAAUGCCCUAGACAGCCUUCUCAAGGAUCCUCAGUUUGAAAUCCGCAAGAAAGUCCUGGCUAUCGUCCAGCAGUUGUUGGCUGAGCGGCCCGAGCAAGAACAGGCACUACUAAAACUGCUAAGCAACAAACUGGGUGAUCCAGAGCGGCGGCUUGCAUCAACCGCUUCUCACUAUUUACUGCUGCUUGUAAACAGGCAUCCCAAUAUGCGUCUUGUAAUCGUCAAUGAAAUUGAGCGCUUCAUGUAUCGACCAAACCUAGCAGAUCGCGCAAGGUACUAUGCAGUGUGCUUCCUCAACCAGCAGAUACUAAGCCGGAAAGACAAGGACCUGGCAAACAAGCUCAUCUCCGUGUAUUUCUCUUUUUACUCGAAAUGUUCUUCUGGUAAGGAUUCGGAGCUGGACAGUAAAAUGCUUAGUGCGCUGCUUGUCGGUGUGAAUCGAGCAUUCCCGUUUGCUGAGUUAAAGGAUGAGGAGCUGGAUGUGCACGUCAACACACUGUACUCCACUGUCCACAAGUCAACAUUCAACGCCAGUGUACAGGCUUUGAUGCUACUGUUUCAAAUCAUGCAAUCCAGACAAAGCUUAUCAGAUCGCUUCUAUUGCGCCCUGUACUCCAAGCUAAUGGAUCACCGCUUGGUGGCUUCGUCCAAGCAGAGUGUGUUCAUGAAUCUGCUGUACAAAGCGAUCAAAGCUGACCCGAGGAUAUCCCGAGUCAAGGCUUUCAUCAAGCGAGUACUGCAAGUGUGCAACAUGAUGCCGCCGUCGUUUGUUUGCGGGGCUCUCUUCAUGAUCUCUCAGUUGUGUACUGACCAGCCAGCCAUCAGGACAAUUAUUGACCAGCCUGAGGAUACAGAAGAGGAAGAGCACUUCAAAGAUGUUCAACUGGAUGAUGACGAAGACGACGAGAAUGACAACUCCGAGGAUGCUGAUGACGAGCAGGAUGAAUCAGCGCACGCAGCAAAGGAUUCCGAUGCGGAAGCAACGACGGAAGACUUUGGGGAUGUUGACGAUGCUGUGAAGAAGCUGGCAAAGGCGGCCGGUAGCGUCAAGCCGUCAAAGGGCUUUGCCGAUCGAGGCCAGCAAGAGCACUACGUAGCGUUGCAUCGUAACCCGCUGUACUGUGGUGCAGAGCACUCUUGCAGCUGGGAAAUACGACAGUUUGCAGUGCACUAUCACCCAUCUGUACGGACAUUUGCUGAGCAGGUUGUGGCCGGUGUGACCAUCACGUACAAAGGUGACCCACUGCAAGACUUCACUCUGGUCAGAUUCUUAGAUCGGUUUGUGUUCCGAAACCCUAAGAAACGAGUCCGAGAUCAUGGUGGUUCCGUGAUGCAGCGCAAGGAGACUUCUCACUUGAUGACUGAACUGCCUGUGAAUCAUACCUCAUUCUGGAGUAAGAAUGAGGAUAAGAUUCGACCAGACGAAGUCUUCUAUCAUCGAUACUUCCGGCAGCUAAAUCAAUUACAUCCACACAAACUGAAGAGCAAGCCUGGCAAUGACACAGAAGACGUUGCAGACGAAGGACCCGAGGGGGACGAAGAGUCAAUGGACUUUGCAAGUGACAUCAAGACCACUGUCAAGAGCAACAAGAGAGAGCAAAGCCAGAAGGGAGGUAAGAGAAAGAAAGAACGGCAAGACAGUGACGAUGAUGAAGGUGCUCCUGUCAGUGGCAGAGGUGGCAGACACGGCGCUGCUGAUGAGGAUUCCAGUGACGAUGAUUCUGACGAAGACCUUGGCGAAGGCGAAGGCAGUGAUGAUGACGAGGAUAUCGAUAGUGGAGACGACUUUGACGAGCUGCUGGGCGGCAAUGCUGAUGAUGAGGAUAUGGGUGGAGGUGACUUUGACGAAGAGCUUGGUGAAGAGUUCAACUACAGCGACCUGGACGACAUGUCGGAUGAGGACAUGAGUGAUGGAGAUGAUGCGGACCAAGCACAGAAAGGAAGCAAGUCUGGGAAGGCGCCAGAGCAGCAGAAGAAGAAGAAAAAGAAGAAGUUUACUGACGCUGAUUACGAGAAGGCUCUUUUCGAGAACCUCAGCUCUGAUGAGGAUGGUACAGCAUCAAGUGCAUCAGCUGCUGGACUUAGUGAUGACAUGUCCAAGAUGUUCAUGGGAGCUGAAGAGUUUGCUGCCAUGCUGAAGAAGAAGAAAUCGUCCAAGCAUGGCAGUGCCAGCCAGCUUAUUGCCAAGGAUGGUGUUAGUCAGAAGCAGUUGGACUGGGAGGAAAAGCGCAUCAACGCGGGACAGAACUACCGGCAGCGCAAGCGCCAGUUCAGGCGUGGACGGUAACUGCCACAUCUGCUGCUGUAGUCCGUGAGGCAAGUCUCAGAAACGGCUCAGAAAAGAAGAUGCCUUCCACCCCCCCCCCCCCCCCCCCCCCCUGUCGAAGAGGUUUUCUCGGCGUGGUUGGCUAGGGAUGGGUUCACUGAGUUGCCUCGACGAUGUUGGCAGUCCAGGAACCGUGCGACUACCUCGCUACGGGGUCUUUUCUGCUCGACAAUUGGCACGCGAAUACGCAGUAUUUGCAGGAUUUAAAGCUGCGGCCCCCUGCUGAUUUACUAAAACACUUGUAUUCGUCUUGAAAACGCUUUACAACACUGCGAAUUCUACGAAUGCGCUACGUGCGUGCAUGUGUGUGCCUACUGCGGGACAGCCGGCCUAUAUUUCACAUCUCAAACCUCUGUAUAUUUUGUUUAAUAUGUGAUGUCUGAAAAAAACUCUCAUUGUCAAUAAGUGUCAGCACUGUGUGUCAGAGCAGCGCUGGCUUCUCAAGGUCCCAUUGUAUCCACUGGGUAAUCACGAUGAUGUCAUAUUCCCAUUGUAUCUAUUGGGUGAUGUCAUACUGUUGCCGUACUUAU